AUGUUCAAGUCUUCGAUUUCAAUCGCCGUUCUUCACCUGCUCCUGCUGGUGUCCUUCGGUGGAGCUUACACCCUACCACCGGUGGUGCAGAUGGGUGGUGCAAUCGUGGCCGCCGUGGAGCAGGACGCUGAGCAGGAAGCUGCCGCCGAGGAGCGGCAGCGAGUCGAGCGUCAUUGGCUAUCGAUGGCCGAAACGCAGUUGCACAGCCUGAUCACAGACGAUUUGAGCCCCGAGGAGGUAAACAAUAUGCUGGAGACCUGGUCUACCGAAGGUCGCGGUAAACACAAAAAGCAAAAGAAGCUUAUGAAAAUGGUGUAUCCGCUUCUGGCUGCCGUUGCCGUUGCCAAAGUAGUUUUGCUACCCUUGAUCCUGAAAUGGCUGACGGCGCUUUCGACCUCAUCGUUCGUCAUGGGCAAGAUUGCAUUGGUCACAUCCGGUAUUUUGGCUCUGAAGUGGAUUUUGUCUGGAGGACAUGCACACGAUCGCCUGGAGAUAAUUCACUCUCAUGCACCACUCGUUAAAGGAUUACACGCCAGUGAUUUAUCCUCCAGCGGAAGCAGUUGGAUGCCCAUUCGACAGCCCUUUAUACCACUGGUCUCCAAAGACCCUAACUUGUACAAGCCAUUUUUAUAGGUUAGUUAGAAACGAAAGUGAGCGUGGGGAAAACAAAAAUAAUUUUAUUUAAAGUACCAAAACUCAAUGCCUGUUACAUGUUUCCCAAGUGAAGGGCAACU